UACAGUCGGUGAAAGGAGCUGGUGUCUGUCGUUGGAGAUCUUCAGGUGGGAUCUUGAGAAUGCGCCCAAGGACAUCUUGAAAGUGGGAAAUGUGUCCGGGGCAUCCCUUUAAGUUUCAUUCGCACGCAGGAUGGAGGGGCUGAGCAUGUACACUGUGGACUCUUCCUCAGUGAGACCAACUGUGUCCGUCUCAUCGGUCACUGGACAUCCUCUAAUCCAGAAGAAGGACCCGUUCAGCAUGCUGGCCAGCCAGAUCCGCUCGAACACGCUAAACAUAUCGUCCCUCUUGGAGGAGAAGAGCUUAGCCUUGGACAGAAAAAUCUGUCAGCCAAUCAACAUUCAGAUGGCACUUCUAGCCAAUCACUUGACUUGUGACAAUGUGGGCAUGAAGACAUCCGAGACCUUCACCAGGAAGACCGACCUACAGAAUGUCACGGAAGACCGAAAACAUCACGUGACAUCGGGGAGAAACAAAGUUAGAGACGACUCCUUCCGAAACAGGAAGUACCCGUGCCCUCUGUGUGGGAAGCGCUUCCGGUUCAACAGCAUCCUGUCGCUGCACAUGCGCACCCACACGGGUGAGAAGCCGUUCAAGUGUCCGUACUGUGAGCACAGGGCAGCGCAGAAGGGCAACCUGAAGAUCCACCUGCGCACGCACCGCCUGGCCGUCCAGGGCAAGGGCUCAGGCCACCACAGGGAGGACAGCCAUCUUCUGCAGGAGCUGGAGCAGCGCGCCAUCACCAGAGAGAAGCAAGCAAGCUGCCCAAGCCCAAGCCCACCCAGCAGCGCCCUCUUAAACUACAACUCCCAGACUUCUCCAGGAGUCCUCUGCGAUGGGAAUGGGAAUCUGAAUCCAUCAGAGUCCCGUCCACGUUCAGCUCCGUCGGUUCAGGAGCAGCCGCUCCCGAUCCAGCAGCAGAGCUUCCGGUGCGGGUUCUGCAAAGGAAAGUUCCGGAAACAGGAGGAGUUGGAACGUCACAUCCGGAUCCUGCACAAGCCCUACAAGUGCACGCUCUGCGAGUUCGCCGCCGCGCUGGAGAGCGACCUACUGCAGCAUGUCAACAAAGUCCACGUCGCCUCGGGAACAACGACGACGACGACGUCAUCCCCCCAGGUGGUGGUGCAGAAGGAUCUCAGCACGGAGCCGAGUCCCACGCAAGCGUACAGGUGCGAGGUGUGCGGCCAGGCGUUCAAGCAGGCCUGGUUCCUCAAGGGCCACAUGAGGAAGCACAAGAACUCGUACGAGCACGCAUGCGGCGUCUGCGGCCGCCGCUUCAAGGAGUCCUGGUUCCUCAAGAACCACAUGAAGGUGCACCUCAACAAGAUGGCCGCCAGAGGGAACCCCCCGGGACACGGACGCGCGUAUGCCGCCCAUGUCAGCCGAGCCAGCGAGCGAGAGAUCCCCAGCAGGCUUCAGUCUCAGUUCAUCUCCAGGCUGCACAACGAGGUUCUGCUCGCCGUUCUCUCAGAGAGGCAGAAGGUUCUAGCGGAGGCUGGGAUCGAGCUGAACAGCCAAAAGGUUCUGGAGAAGCUCCUGCUGCCCGUAGCUGGACAGAUCCAGAACCACAGCUUAGCAGCAGACGACUCACAGCCAGCGGUCACAGACCUACCAGCAGAGAAGCCCUCGCACUCACAACCACCACACAAAACUGCUAAAGUGACCAACGUAGUCGAUGUGGUCAGUGCACGGGGAAAGGAGCUAGCUGUGGGGUUGUAUUCAUACGCAGACAAGCUGAAUAUGUUGCAAAAGCACGUAGAGAUCGCUGAGAACCUCAGGACAAGAGGCGAAGUGGACACAGCAAAAGACCCAGCAACCAAUCAGGUGGUGAACGGAAACUGGCGCUCCGACAGAAGCAGCAGUAGCAGCAGCAACAUGGGCUUCAGGACGGCGGUUUCUUAUCACAGCUCCGGCCUCACGGUGAACACCGGCCGCUGGGGAGGCUGGACCGGGCGGCCCAGCGAGUGCCCGGACUGCGGACGAGUCUUCAGGACCUACCACCAGCUGGUCCUCCACUCGCGCGUGCACAGGAAGCAGCGGCAGCUGAAGGGAGAGGAGACUUCCUCCGGCUGGACGAUGCUGACCAGUGGCGGCGGUGGCGGUGCUCCCCAAGACCAUGCCCAGCUCCUCGCCACCUUCAGCAAGCCAGGUGAAGCAGGAGGGCGCGGCACGACAGACGGUACCGUGGCAACAGGGGGCCUCCCUGCAGAGGACAAACCCAGCCAAGCUUCCCUGCUCUCCUUCAUUCCAUAUGCAGGGCAGGCCCAGCAGGCCAGAGGUGGAACUGGCUGUAAGGAAUGCUCUGUGUGUGGGAAGGUCUUCCGUACGGCUCAACGCCUGAAGGUGCACAGCCGAAUCCACACAGGUGAGAAGCCGUACAGGUGUCCUUUCUGUGACUACGCUGGCAGCCAGUUCACCUCCCUCAAGUAUCACCUGCAGCGUCACCACAAUCAGCCACCGACCCCCCAUCUCCAUGGAGACGACCCCUGUAAACCCUGGGCACCAGGCACGGUCAGGGGGUGUGAUGAUGAUGAUGAUGAUGAUGAUGAUAAUGAUGACCCGACCCUGGAACCACAGCAGGAACCCCUCGACCUGUCCAUCAAAGGGGAGGGCGGGGCUGAGACCAACCGAACACCUCCAGCCUCUCGCAACGUCCAGCCCUCCUCCUCCAUCUCCUCCUCCUACAUCUCCUCCUCCUCCAUCUCCUCGGCUUCCACCUCCUCUCCUCUCCGAGUGUCAUCUCUCCACCUGGCAGCUCCUGCCACAUUCUCCACCUUCUCCCCCCUCCCCUGCUCCUCCACCGCCUCCUCCACCUCCUCCUCCCCGUCCCUAACAGAGGCCUGUUCUCCGUUCAGCGUCUCCUCUUUAGUGUCCUCCUCCCUUUUCAACAAGUCUCCGUUUGUGUCCACUCUGGUGUCCAGCUCCCCGUUCCCUGCUCUCUACGGCUCCUCCCCGUUAAGUGUCUCUUCUGUCGGAUCGUCACCUCCUUUCUCGCCUCUCUAUCCAAACUCUCCCUACAGCCUGUCAAACAUCACCUCCUCCUCCUCCUCCUUCAGCAGUUUCUCCCUCUUGCCGAACUCCUCGGUCAUCAACUCCCUCAGAGCAGCUGCUUCCUCCUCCUGUGACUCCUGGUCUGAUGUCACUUCCUCUCUCUGCGCCCCCGUCCAAACCAGCGUUCCCUCCUCCUCUCUCUCAGUAUCCCCUGAAAUCAGAACCCUCCCCCCUCUCUCCUCCUCCCCCCAGAUCAGAACCCUCCCCCCUCUCUCCUCCUCCCCCCAGAUCAGAACCCUCCCCCCUCUCUCCUCCUCCCCCCAGAUCAGAACCCUCCCUCCUCUCUCCUCCUCCCCCCAGAUCAGAACCCUCCCUCCUCUCUCCUCCUCCCCCCAGAUCAGCACGCUCCCUCCUCUCUCCUCCUCCCCCCAGAUCAGAACCUCUCCAUCGCUCUCGGCCUUCGCCCCAUUCAGCAGCUGCACCCCUUUCUCCGUCUGCACCUCCCUUCCUGGCCUCACCUCCUCCCUCGGUGUCCGCUCCCUAUGCGCCUCCUCUGUGGGUCAGCAGGAGAGGGUGGACGGGCACGGUAGCCCUACGGCGGUGAGGAUGGACGGGCACGGUAGCCCUACGGCGGUGAGGAUGGUCGGGCACAGUAUUCCUACGGCGGUGAGGAUGGACGGGCACGGUAGCCCCACAGCGGUGAGGGUGGACGGGCACGGUAGCCCUACGGCGGUGAGGAUGGUCGGGCACAGUAUUCCUACGGCGGUGAGGGUGGACGGGCACGGUAGCCCUACGGAGGUGAGGAUGGACGGGCACGGUAGCCCUAAGGCGGUGAGGAUGGGCAGUGGCUCGGUCGGGGCGGGCGAGAAGGAGGUCUCCACCCCUGGAGAGAUGACCGAGGGAUCUGCUGCAUCCUCCAGGGUCCACCCUGGACUCGUAAUCUCACACUACAGCAGAGACGCUAACCUGGAGGACCCAGGGAAGGGGGAGGACUGGUUUAGCAGAGACGCUAACCUGGACGACCCAGGGAAGGGGGAGGAAUGGUUUAGCAGAGACGCUAACCUGGACGACCCAGGGAAGGGGGAGGAAUGGUUUAGCAGAGACGCUAACCUGGAGGACCCAGGGAAGAGGGAAGAUGGUGUCCUGUCCGGAUGCAGAGAAACGGGUUCAGUGGGAUUGUUUUCUCAGAACGCUGGUCAUAGCCCACCGGCCUGCGCUGACGUGAGAGGCCAUGGGGCCAUGGGGUCGGGGUGAUAGUGCCCAAACCUGGACAGGCCGCUCCACUAGAACACUGACCUAUCCAAGUGGGCACUCUGACUGAGAACAGGCGUCCACAGCUACUCAUGUGAGAGUACAGGCGUUACAGUGAUUAUGAAGUGUGUGUUUAUUGUGAUGUUGAUGACUAUGAUGAUGAUAGUUGAAGAUGUGAUGAUGUUUGUGGUAAGGUGCUGUAUCUGGAUGAGUGGCCCCUGCUUGGUGACCCAAAGGUGUCCAGCGAUCAGCAGGGCUAUCAGGUGAGGUGGCCAGACUGUCCCUGCCUAACUGGUUUACUCUUGGGAACCAGUCAAAUACUGGAUGUGUGUGAUUGUGUAUGUUAUUUCUGCAUAAACCUUGCUGUAGGCAUCAGUGUGUGUAUAUACGAGAGAAGACUGUGGCUUCUGGUCUGUGUUUGUGGAGCUCAAUAAAG